AUGAAGUUCCAUCCAGUGAAGUUGAAGUUUGGAUUGUUGUGUACAAUUCUUGUAGCUAUGGGUUGCUUUCUGGAGGGAGGCUAUGCUUUUGGGGUUGGUGGUCACGGAACGUCAAUGCCAUUCGAGGGAAAAGAGGCGGCGGAUACAAAUGCGAGCACGAUGGGUUAUUUGACAUCCACGCAGGCCUUGGCCGAUUAUGCCACCAUCAUUGUCGAUUUGAAGAAAACAUUAAAGGCGGAGAAGUGUCCAGUAGUCGUGUUUGGUGCAUCGUAUGGUGGAAUGCUAACUGCGUGGUUUCGCCUCAAGUAUCCGCACCUAUCAAUCGGCGCCCUCGCAUCAUCUGCUCCUAUCCUUAACCUUGACGACAUCGCUCCCACUUAUAGUUUUGGCAGCAUUAUCACCAAAGAUUUCAGAAUGUGCAACGCUAUCAAUAGCCUACCCGGAGAGGCAGACACUGUUAGCAGAAUAGCUGCUGUAGCAAAUUACAUGAGCCAAAACCAAUGCACGGAUGGAUUUGGCAGGCUGACCAAUCUAACAGCUACUCCUAACCCGCGGUAUUGCACUGAAAUGAUGUUUCCAAUAAGCAAUCCUCCUGGCACGAUGAUACGGCCCUCCAGCUUUGAUUUCAAGUCCUAUUCCAGGGAAUGCUACCAUAGAUACGGAGUCCUGCUACGCCAACACUGGUUGACAACUGAUUUCGGAGUAAACGAGAUGAAAACAGCGUUGAUGGAUUUUGGAAGCAAUAUCAUUUUCUCCAAUGGUUUAAGAGAUCCAUGGAGCAGUGGAGGUGUCUUAGCGAAUAUUUCUGAAAGCAUUGUAGCUAUUAAUACCGAAGAGGGUGAGUCUCUUCAGAAUGCAUUUUUCUCCGCCCUCACAAUCAAACAGAAAUAA